AUGCCGAUGCAUCAGCUGAAAACUGCGCCCAUCCUUCAGGGACGGGAUGGAAGAGAACCGAUAGCUGCAACCUGCACCCGUUCUUCCACCCCUGUUGCCACUGUUUCUGGUAAUCUCGGAGGCACCAGGCAGAAGAUGCUUGAUUAUCGCCAAGUCAACGGUGGCUUGCUAUCUCCUUGUCGAUCAACGCUCCUCCUGUCCGAUGUUACCGGAGGAGGCUUUUCACAAAUCAUCCUACGAAUGAAUAUUGGAGAACCCGAGGUCGCCACCCUGACCCUUCUGCCCACCACCUAA